AUGAGGGACGAAAGCUUGGCACGUAUGUCUUGUGGUGGCAGGACGGAGAGUCGAGCUCUUCUUGGCACAAUUGAACAGACAAAAAUCCAAAACAACCCUCCUUUGGCAUCCAGUGAGGCCACUCUACGGAUCGCUUUCAUCCGACUUCGCAAACGAAAUGGAAGCUGUGCCAGCAUCAAAGCUCCAGUCUUCCAACUUCGCAGUCCUCCGCUUGUCGCCACCCAUUUCGCCAAUAGCCUCAUCCCUGACCUGUUUACUUGUCUGCACAUAUAUUUUUUUUCAUCAUCGUUAUCAUCUUUGUGUCCAUUCAUAACCCUCUUGCGCCUUCUUUUAUUCUUUAAUAUCCACUUUAUUUUGCUUUAUAUAUAUAUAUCUUUAUUUUUAUUUAUUUAUUUAUUUUUAUUUAUAUAUAUAUAUAUGCAGACAAGUAAACAGGUCAGAUUUGCAGGCGAAAUAAUUUGUGAUUUGGCACGGGAUGUUAAAGAAUAA